UCAGCAUCAGCAUCAUCAACAUCCGAUAAUGGAAACUCUUGCGAAUCGAGCUGAGAACAGAUCGAAGAUUGAAACGCGACCCCGCUUCGAGAAGUCGAAGUCAUUUUUCAAUGCGGACUAUGUAGCGCAGCCUAGAGUCACCUAUCGCCUGCCCCCGUUGCCCCCGGAGGUCAAGCCGGAUCGCGAGGGCGCCGACGGAGACUGUUUGCUGUAUAAGAACUCAAAGUUUGGCAAGGAUUCGGCGUGUGCUCACAGCGAUCAUAGCGAGCACAGCGAGCAGCUGCUCGCCAUUCCCCCAGACCACUCGCCAAUGAAGCUAAGGACCUCGACGUCCAUGCUGGAGUCAACACGCGAGCGCUGCAGACUUGCCACAGCUCAGUUCAACGCAAAAUAUGGGGGCUCAGAUAGCCCAUCCUCGAAAUCGGCGAAAUCGGCCAAGACUGUGAUCUCGACCAAGAGCGGUGAGAACUUGCGCUCAGUGGUGCAGUCGGAGAUUGAGAUGCAGGUGCGAUUGGAGAAGUCGAUUAGUAAGAUUAUGAUGUUGCCCUCACUUGGCUUGUCGGAAGAAACCGACUGUGCUCCGGUCGAAGCUGAAGAAAAGUCGAAGAUUCCUAAAAGUGUGUCAAAAGAGAAUUGUGUUUCGGUGCCCGCUGCAGCGGCUAAGCAUAAUUUAAAUUUCUCUCUCGAGGACGUAGUCAGCACCAGGGUUAUCGCGCCCAUGAUGCGACGUGUGCAGCGCAUGUAUCUUAACAAUCUGCAGGAGGAAAUGAAGCUAAUGGAAGAUCUCGAACGCGUGCCGUGCAUGGUUGGCGAGCUCUACAGAAGCUCGGUAGAGUCAAAGAAAAAGCCAAAGAAUACAUUAUAG